AUGCACGAAUUAAGCCAGAUCCCACAUUUAAAUGGAAAUGUCAAGCAAAUAUGUGCUCGACUUAAGCAUGAUCAAGCGUCCGAUAGCGCUAUCAUCAAAGAACUUUCAUCGUGUAAUAAUAUUAUAGAACAGAGGAAAAUACUUUUCGAAGGUAGUAAAAUUAUUAAUGAACAAAAUUCACCAAGAAGGAAACAGAAGCCCGCUGUAGCACGGAAACUAUGGAAAGACCCAACGCCUCUACUUCCUCCAAUGAGUCCAGUGCACAGUGAAGAUGGUUUUUUUCCCAUUAAUACUGCAAGAUUACAUAACGACAAUCGCAUAACUCCAGCAAGUUCAAGCAUCGCUUCGGAUUCCGAUAGUCGGUGGCAUCAUGUGAAAGUGCGAAGUGCAGUUGCAUUUUACGAUGAUUUAAUUGAAACCGGACUGAUGAUGUCACCAACUGUUUUUCGUAGUCCAAGAGAUUCAUCACUUGACCAACAAAUGUGCAAGUUUGCGUGUUCGAGACAAAGUUUCUAUUGUUUUGAAGAAAGGGCUAAUGACAUUCAUGAAAUAAGACCUGCAUUUGAUUGGUUUAUCCGAUGA